CUCAGGCUGCCCAAGUCUGGCGGUGACGUAACCCUGUCUGCCUCAGACUGCCCGCCCCACCCCCCAGCGGAUCUGUGUCGCUUUGGACUUGAAUGAGGUGCAGAGGCAGCUUCGAGCCAGACAGAGAGACAGACAGAUCAUAAGUAGCGGCACCUCCUGUCUGCGCGAACCACCACCGUCUCCCAACUCCGGAGGGCAGGGGGGACAGAAGGCAGCUGCAACAGAAAAGACCCCCGUUAGCCACAACCUCUCUGCACCAGACACGCACCCCCGACCUCAGAACCAACGCUGGAAAGACGGAGGUGUCUAACUGGCUUUUUCCCGUCGUCGUUUUUUGUAUUUAAAUGUACAACUUCAUGGGUCUGAAUAGCACAGCAGCAGCAGCAGGAUCUAUCCAGCCCAAUGUCUCCUGCACAUGCAAUUGCAAACGAUCGUCGCUGUUCCAAAGUAUGGAGAUCACCCAGUUGGAGUUUGUGCAGAUCAUUAUAAUCGUGGUGGUGAUGAUGGUGAUGGUGGUGGUGAUCACAUGCCUGCUCAAUCACUACAAGCUCUCGGCACGCUCCUUCAUCACCCGGCACAGCCAGGUCCGCCGGCGAGACGAGACCCUGUCCUCGGAAGGAAGUCUGUGGCCUUCGGACAGCUCUGUGCCAGCGAACGUAAUGACAGAGCAGCAGAUGUACACUCCGCGUCCCGCCGACAGGCUGGCGGUGCCAUCGUACCUGCAGAGGGACAGAUUCAACCGCUUCCAGCCCACCUACCCCUACCUGCAGCACGAGAUCGACCUGCCCCCCACCAUCUCCCUGUCGGAUGGGGAGGAGCCGCCUCCCUACCAGGGGCCCUGCACCCUGCAGCUGCGGGACCCCGAGCAACAGCUGGAGCUGAACCGAGAGUCUGUCCGCGCCCCACCCAACCGCACCAUCUUCGACAGUGACUUGAUCGACACCUCCCUGUACGGGGGUCCCUGCCCCCCCAGCAACAACUCGGGCAUCAGUGCCACUUGCUACAGCAGCCAGGGCCGGAUGGAGGGGCCGCCACCCACGUACAACGAGGUCAUCGGGCACUACCAACCCGGCUCCACGCUUUACCAUCACCAUAGCAACCACCCCGGGACGCCGCCCCUCCUGCACAGCAACAGACUCAACCAAUCACAGCUCAGUGGCCUUGAGAGCACGAACGCACGCAACCAAGAGAAGCAGAAAGGGCACCCUGUCUGAAACCGCGGCAACAGACUCCUUAAACACUGUCUGUGCACUUCAUUUAAAUAAAGGGGUGGAGUCCCGGGCCCAGGCUCCUCCCCUGUUGUAUAAAGUAAAUAUUUCCUUGUUCUGUGUCGUCCAAGUGCUCACAGCUUUGCAAGGUGUUUAUCUUGUUUUUUUUACGUAUUGAGGAAUUCUAAAGAUUUCUAAUAAUUAUUAUUAUUAUUAUUAUUAUUUGAGCAGUGUGUGUGAAUGCUUUACGUCUUUUAAUUCACUUUUGAAGAAACGUUUGCACAAAACAAUCCGAAGUUUAUUUGAAGAUCUGCAAUAUGUAUCAUAAGAGAAACGUAUGUGUGAGGGCAGGGGGUAUUUUUGUAAAAGAAAUGAUUAUAAAGAGAAAACUAGUUGUAGUUUUUUGUUUUGUUUGAUAACUAGUUCAAUGGCAGUUUUUUGAGUGCCAACUCAAAGAUGUGUUUAACAUUGCGUUAAAAAAGCACGAAUCCAGAGUUAUUUAUAUAAAUGUUGAAAUCUUGCACUAUUUUUUAAUGUAAAUUGCAAGCAGACGCUUGCUCCAGUGAAAGACCUCUGUUGUGUUCAGACGUGUGCGUGUGCGUGUGCGUGUGCGUGUGCGUGUGCGUGUGUGUGUGUGUGCGUGUGUGUGUGUGCGUGCGCAGGGUGGAAGAGCGCUUUGCCAAUGAAAUUCCAGCAGAAUCCACUGUUAAUGGAAGAGGAAGCUGAGAGGCAUGUGAAAGAUUUAGAGGAGAAAAAGGGCAAACAGCACUUCACAGCACAAACUUUACAGCUGAAAUUUCCAGCUAGACUCAAAGUAACAGCAAUCCUUAUUGGGCUGUAAGUGUGGUCCGAUCACACUGACUGUGAUUCCCAACUGCUGAACUGCAGUGACCAUUUAGGAGGACAGGGGGCAGUGUGGCUCCAGUACAGUCAAGCAACAGAGCGGAACAAACGGAACACUCUGUAUCUAUUGUUUAUGAAAAACAGGAUGAAUAAAAAUGUCAGUAUAGCACUCAUCUACAUUAUAAAUGAUAUUAAGAAGAAAAAAUGUGACUGGAGUCCAACUGUAUGUACGCCCUGGAUUAUAAGAAAACCCUGGAACCCUUGGCGCAUCAAUGCAAGUCCUUUCAUUAACACUCCAGUAAUGCUGUUUCCUGCUUUGAGCUGCUUUGGAAAUCUUGCUGUAAAAUGCGGGUUCUCUUUGAGGAAUUGGGCAUCUCUCAGCACUUUAAAAAGUGGCAGGGAAACAAAGUGUUUAGUCAGUAUUGUGAUGUCUUGAUAUGCAACGGUUCCCUUGUGAGUCCAAAUCCAAAAAAGAAGCCUUUGCUCUCGCGUGUUUGUUUAGCAGUGAAAGAAUGGCCGUGGAAUCCCUUUAUCUUUGUGUUCAUCUCAAUGCUUUAUUCAGUGGGUCGAGGAAUAACCUCGGUGCUGAGCGCUUGCCAUCCUGUAAAUAUUGAAUCAUUUCUUUCAUGUGCAUUAUUCUCUAAUUGAACUCCUCCUUGCUAUCACUGUGGUUUGUUUUAACUUUGACCACAAAGGGAAUGAAGUGUAAUACUGGAUAAACCACAUUUCUGCCAUGAACACUAAUCCUGACUAAAGCACGGGGAGUCCAGUGGGUUCUGUGUUUCCAGGGCCCAGCACAACUUCACUUGUUUUGGUCAGAUGGAACAUUCAUUGCCAGCAAGCUACAUUUCAGCUCGUCUCCGCGUUCUACAGAUCUGUCGCAAUUGGCUACAAUCUGUGUGUCUUGAAGGCAGUGUAUGCACACAGGUAAACCCCAAUAAGAUUGUACCAUGUUGAAGCAGGUAGGGGGAGACCUGUAAUCACAUCCAUGUUGACCAAUCCAGGUAUUGCACCGUCACGGCUGAACUGUCCCUCGUUGACCCCUGUCAGCAUGAAGUGUCCGACUGCACUGAAAGGCUGACGUUCCAGAACACAAUCCAGCUCUGGCAUUUCAGAGGCUGCGUUACAGCAGCAGACAGUAUAAUCAGGGCCGUGCCUCUCUGUUCCAUUAACACGAGUGACGUGUCGUUUCUGCUGUAACCUUCAUUGUGCAGACCAGUGUGCUGCGGGUCUGUGGAAAAGAUACAUGUGUUGACAAUAGAGGUAAUUGGGAGAACGUUGCAAUAUACCUACUAUUUGCCUUUUUGAUAAUGGAGUUGUUGUUUAACUUAGAAGUGUAAGGAGGGUUUGUGUUUGUUUUUUUGUUUUUUUUUUACAGUUCACUAUUUGUGUAAAUUCUUCUACAUUUCUUCCUAUAAUUUUACCGUAAGUUUAAAAUCUUAUGAACCAGGCAUGUACAUGUACAUGUAGAUGUAUUUACUUUCUUGUUCCCUGUGUUGCGUUUGUUUUACUUUUUUUCUGAUUUAAAGGACCACAUGUAAGGCACUUAAGCAUUGGAUCAAACCAGAAAAACAAUGAUUUGAACGAGAGCAGAGAGUGGAGAUGGAUGAACUGAAUGAGGAGAGAGGGAUGGAUGAACUGAAUGAGGAGAGAGGGAUGGGUGGACUGAAUGAGGAGAGGGAUGGGUGGACUGAAUGAGGAGAGAGGGAUGGAUGAACUGAAUGAGGAGAGUGGGAUGGAUGAACUGAAUGAGGAGAGGGAUGGGUGGACUGAAUGAGGAGAGAGGGAUGGAUGAACUGAAUGAGGAGAGUGGGAUGGAUGGACUGAAUGAGGAGAGAGGGAUGGAUGGACUGAAUGAGGAGAGAGGGAUGGAUGAAAUGAAUGAGGAGAGAGGGAUGGAUGAACUGAAUGAGGAGAGAGGGAUG